UACCCAUCUCCUUCGUCGAUCCUUUUUCCCGACUGUGUAAUAGACUGUUUAAUUUUUUUUCACAGCAGUAUUUUUGCUCUUCCGUAUUUGUUUUCAGCACUGACUCGAAGUGGGGGAGUAGGAUGGAGCUUGAGGAAGAGAAUCAAACAUGUCUUGUAUUUGAUUUAUUUUGACAUGUGCCUCAGCAGUGUGUAUGAAUUUUCCGUCUCAUUAUUAACUUUUUGGAUUAAACAGCUUUUCAACAAAUGAAAAUGGAUGACCAUAAGAUGUGGCAACAGAAGCUUGACAAACAGCGAACACUUUUGAUGAAGAAGCAGCAGAAAAGAAGAGCUAAUGCACAAAUGAUUACAGCAAAUCUUGAUGCUCGACCAAAGAACCGUAGUCAAAAACCUGCAGCUGAAGACACAGCUCUGUUAAUCAGUCAAUCUCCAAGCAACAGCUCCUUUAACAACACCCAGCUGGAACAGGGCUUUGAUAACAUGAUUGAAGAGAUCAAUCUUGAUGACAUGAAAAUUUCUUCUCAAAUGAUGCCAGAAGACACAAUGCCACCACUUCCACCUAUGCUUAAGAAAAUUGAUUUAAAUACAGAUAGUCAAACAAGUCCAAAACACACACCAAACACACCCAAUAAAUCAGAGGAAAAAAAAUCCAAGAAAAAAGUUAAGACUCAAGCUAAGGCCAUUGAAACUGAUUCAGUGGUGGAAUUUACCAUUAUGGAAGAAAACAAAACUGAAAUAGAGAAUGAGGAUGAAAAGGUCUGGUCAAAUGGUCCUGUGCCUCCUACACCGAAGAAAACACAACUUGCACAAUCUGCUUCAGCAUGUCUGACUGACUCGGAUGAUGAAAGAGAACUCAAAGAGAAUAAGAAGGAAAACCCAAAAACACAGAAAAAGCUCGCAAAAACUAUGAAAAACGAUUAUGAUCAUGCUUCACUAAAUUCUAACUAUAGGCGGUUCUCAUCAGAGAGUGAUUUGUCGGACAUGGAAAAGUCCUCACCGGUGUCUUUAGAGGAUUUAGAACAGUUUGCUCUUUGCCCUGCUCCAAGAGAUGUGAGCUUUCAGUGUAGAAUAACCAGAGACAGAAGAGGAAUGGAAAGAGGAAUCUAUCCAACAUAUUACCUUCACAUGGAGAAGGAAGAUGGAAAGAAAGUCUUUCUCAUGGCAGGAAGAAAACGUAAAAAAAGUACAACUUCGAAUUAUCUGAUCUCAACUGAUCCUAUUGAUUUAUCUCGAGACACCAGCAGCUAUAUAGGCAAAAUAAGGUCAAAUGUUUUAGGGACUAAAUUCACAGUGUAUGAUAAUGGAGUGAAUCCAGACAGGAAGACAUUUGUGAAGGAGACGGAUUCACUUCGACAAGAGCUUGCAGCUAUAUAUUAUGAAAAAAAUGUGCUUGGUUUAAAAGGCCCCAGGAAAAUGACAGUUAUCAUUCCUGGGAUGCAUGAGAAUGAUGAAAGAGUCUGUAUUCGUCCGAAAAAUGAGCUCGAAUCUCUUCUAACUCGUUAUGAAAAUGGCAACAAAGAGAAUUUAGUUUGCCUUGUAAACAAAUCACCGACAUGGAACGAUCAAACACAAUCCUACGUGCUCAACUUUCACGGACGUGUUACACAAGCAUCUGUCAAGAAUUUUCAGAUUGUACAUCCUGACAAUGAGGACUACAUUGUUAUGCAGUUUGGAAGGGUGGCAGAAGAUGUGUUCUCCAUGGACUACAGCUUUCCCUUUUGUGCACUACAAGCUUUUGCUAUUACUUUGUCCUCAUUUGAUAACAAACUGGCUUGUGAAUAAAUGCAGUUUUAAAUUAGAUUAGUUAUUUUUUAAUUGUUAGUACCAUUUCUAUUGCUCGAUGAUUAAAGAUGUGUACUUACUGAUAUACAUUGCUAGUUAUUUAUAUAUUUUUUACAAUAGAUAAAAAAUAUAUUCUUUUGUAUGUAUUAAUAUUAAUGUGUAUGUACAUUUUAUUAAUUUUAUUUAUAUUUUGUGCAAUGUAAGUUGUAAAA